GUUUUGCCUAGCAUGCAUCAUGUGCUGGGCUGUCAUUCCUUCGCACUCGACAAGUGUUGGGAAAAGACUCGGUGCAUGCAAACAAUUCUUCAGUGCAAUCACAUGCAUUGCUAAAUGCUGUUCCGCGCGUGGGCCUGCGCAAACAGCAUGGGCAAUGGUUGCAUGCUGGUUCAUUUUUUCUCAGGUCUCGACUAUGUCACUGGGUGCUAAGUAGCUCACGAUGUUAAUUUGGCUUAAGGGGACCAAUGGCGGGAUGGUAGGUUUCAUAUUUUUUCCAGAGCAGUUGACGCCUGCAGUCGGCUGUCGCACGUGGACUCGUGCCGCAGCCAGUGCCAGUUGGGAGCUGAGUGGCAUCCGGCGGGCUGCCGAUCUUCGAGGCCUCGAGGUUCGGCUGGAGGCGUCAUGGGGGCUGAAUCCAAGAAGAAGGAGCAAAAGAAGGUGAGGAAGGAGCAGAAGACGCCCACGAAGAGCAAGACGCCCACGAAGAGCAAGACGCCCACGAAGCACAGUAAGUCCAAAAGGAGCGGGGUGCUUUCCCUAAACCGGAAAAUCUUCCUGGCCAUCCGGUGCAUGGUGCCUGGGGAGCACUCCGUGUCCAGCACUGGGAUAUGUGUCCAGGAGAAGGCCAUCCUCCGGGACGUGUUGAAUGCUUGGGCCGGUGGCCAACUACAGGGCCGGCCCUUGCCCGCGGAGGCUCGGGUUGUCAGCAGCUUGGAGGGCAAGGAGUUGGAUCUCAAGAAGGACCUCCAGACCCUGAGUGGCAGCCUGCCUGUCCGCCAGGGACGUUUCACCCUGACAGUGGUCUUGCCCAAGGAGGCGCUGCAGCCGCCUGAGUCGCCCAAGCCGAAGGCGGAGCCAGCGCCGAAGAGGGCAACCUUUCAGGCAAAGCCUCUGAAGGAUAUCAAAGUCAAGAAGGACAAAAGCCGUGAUGUCAAGAAGGCAGAUGGGAAGAGGACUGACCGCCAGCCGCAAGGAGAAGGAGCAGCAGCUGCAGCAUUGGCUGAGCUCUUGGGUUGAGGUCAGGUCCUGGGGAGGAUCGAUCUCUUUGCGACGUGCUUCGCUGCUUCGCGCGCCCCCCGGCAGCCAUGCCGGGGGCUCGCGGAAGGUCCGGAGUUCCGGAGAAUCGGUUUGAGGCUGCUGUCCCAUUCUUUGAG